AGGCCGCUGCCCAGAGUUACGAUGGCUGCGCCGGUGGCAGCUGUAGCCCGGCGGCUGCGGCGGCCCAUUCGAAGGUCGCCCGCAUUGCAGGACCCCAGCCGUCGGCCGGCCUCCACCGAGCCGCCUCCAGCCCAGAGCUCCGCGGUGAGGGACGCCUUCCUGAGCUUCUUCCGGGAUCGCCACGGCCACCGACUGGUGCCCUCGGCCUCCGUGCGGCCCCGCGGCGACCCCAGUCUGCUGUUUGUCAACGCCGGCAUGAACCAGUUCAAGCCCAUCUUCCUGGGCACUGUGGAUCCUCGAAGUGAGAUGGCAGGCUUCCGGCGUGUAACCAACAGCCAAAAAUGUGUGCGAGCUGGAGGACGCCAUAACGAUCUGGAAGAUGUGGGUCGAGACCUUUCCCAUCAUACCUUCUUUGAGAUGCUUGGAAAUUGGGCCUUUGGAGGUGAAUAUUUUAAGGCAGAGGCUUGCAGCAUGGCCUGGGAACUGCUGACUCAGGUCUACAGGAUUCCUAAGGACAGGCUUUGGGUCUCCUACUUUGGUGGUGAUCCCAAAACAGGACUGGACCCAGACCUGGAGAGCAGGGACAUCUGGCUCAGCUUAGGGGUGCCUGCCAACCGUGUGCUUUCCUUUGGACCACAAGAGAACUUCUGGGAGAUGGGAGACACGGGCCCUUGUGGGCCCUGUACUGAGAUCCACUACGACCUGGCUGGUGGAGUGGGAGCCCCUGAGCUGGUAGAACUUUGGAAUCUGGUCUUCAUGCAGCACAACAGACCUGUAUCCUGGUUAGCCUCACCUUGUACACCUUCCCUGGUCAGAGAGGCAGAUGGAAGCCUACAGCCCCUGCCCCAGCGACACGUGGACACAGGAAUGGGCCUGGAAAGGCUGGUGGCUGUGCUGCAGGGCAGGCACUCCACUUAUGACACCGACCUCUUUUCCCCGCUUCUCAACGCCAUUCACCAGGGCUGUGGGGCACCCCCUUACUCAGGCCGGGUAGGAGCAGCAGACGAGGGACACAUAGACACAGCAUACCGCGUGGUGGCUGACCACAUCCGCACACUCAGUGUCUGCAUCGCCGAUGGUGUCGCCCCAGGAAUGUCAGGUGCCCCGCUGGUUCUUCGUCGGAUUCUUCGUCGAGCCGUGCGGUUUUCCACCGAGGUCUUACGGGCGCCGCCUGGCUUCCUGGGCAGCUUGGUGCCCGUGGUGGUGGAGAUGCUGGGAAACACUUAUCCUGAACUGCAGAAGAACUCAGCCCAGAUAGCCAACCUGGUAUCAGAGGACGAGGCAGCCUUCCUGGCCUCCCUGCAGCGGGGCCGGCAGAUCAUUGAUCGGACUCUGAGGCGCCUGGGGCCUUCUGAUUUGUUCCCUGCCCAAGUGGCCUGGUCCUUGUCACUGUCUGGCGACCUGGGGCUCCCCCUGGACCUGGUAGAGCUGAUGCUGGAGGAGAAGGGGGUGAAGCUGGACUCUGCUGGGCUGGAACGACUGGCCCAGGAGGAGGCCCAGUACCGGGCACGGCACACGGAGCCAGAGCAAGAGCAGGGGCUGCACCUCAACAUCCAUGCACUGGGGGAGCUGCAGCGCCAAGGGGUGCCCCGCACUGAUGACAGCCCCAAGUACAGCUACUCCCUGCAGCCUGGCGGGGGUUAUGAGUUUGGCACCUGUGAGGCCCAGGUGUUGCGGCUAUACGCAGAGAAUGGGACAGCCGUGGAUUCCGUGGGGGCAGGCCAGCGCUGUGGCUUCCUCUUGGACAGGACCAACUUCUAUGCUGAACAGGGGGGUCAGGCUUCCGACCGUGGCUACCUGGUGCGGGCAGGACAGCAGGAUGUGCUGUUUCCUGUGGCCCGGGCCCAAGUCUAUGGGGGCUUUAUCCUGCAUGAGGCAGUGGCCCCUGAAUGCCUGCAGGUGGGAGACCAGGUGCAGCUGCAUGUGGAUAAGGCCUGGCGUCUGGGCUGCAUGGAGAAGCACACGGCCACCCACCUCCUGAACUGGGCACUGCGUCAGACCUUGGGCCCCAACACAGAGCAGCGGGGCUCCCAUCUCAACCCAGAACGACUGCGCUUUGAUGUGGCCACCCAGGGCCCACUGACCCCAGAGCAGCUACGGAGAGUAGAAGAUACUGUCCGGGAAGCUGUGGCGCAGGAUGAGGCAGUCUACAUGGAGGAAGUGCCCCUGGCACUCACUGCCCACAUCCCUGGCCUGCGCUCUCUGGAUGAGAUAUACCCAGACCCUGUGCGGGUGGUAUCAGUGGGAGUGCCCGUGGCCCGUGCAUUGGACCCUGCCUGCCAGGCUGCCCUGAAAACCUCUGUGGAGCUGUGCUGUGGGACGCACCUGCUGUGCACAGGGGAUGUAGGGGACCUGGUUAUCACUGGGGAGCAGCAGCUUGCCAAGGGUACCACCCGUCUGCUGGCUGUCACUGGGGAGCAGGCCAAGCAGGCUCGAGAAGUGGGUCAGAGCCUCGCCCAGGAGGUGGAAGCAGCCACAGAGCGACUGAGUCGGGGCACCCAGGACCUGGGGGAGGCUCAGCGGCUAUCCAAGGACAUGGGACGACUGACUGAGGCUGUGGACACUGCCAUGAUGCCCCAGUGGCAGCGACGGGAGCUUCAGGCCACAUUGAAGGUGCUGCAGCGGCGCGCCAACACAGCCAUCCGUAAGCUGGGGAUGGGCCAGGCUGCAAAGAAAUCUGAGGAGCUGCUGAAGCGGCACUCAAAGGGGCCUCUGAUUGUGGACACAGUCUCCACUGAGUCCUUAUCAGUGCUGGUGAAGGUGGUGCGACAGCUGUGCGCGCGGGCCCCCAGCACAUCCGUGCUCCUUCUCAGCCCCCAGCCAGUGGGCAGUGUGCUGUGUGCCUGCCAGGUGGCCCAGGGUGCCACGCCCACCUUCACAGCAGAGGAGUGGGCGCUGGCUGUGUGCAGCCACAUGGGGGGCAAGGCCUGGGGCUCUCGCGUAGUGGCCCAGGGCACUGGAAGCACUGCUGACCUGGAAGCUGCCCUCAGGACAGCCCGAACCUACGCCCUUAACCAGCUCCAACCUGGGUCCACCCAGGAACCCACGUGGACUAAAGGCACGCAGCUGGCACACUCAGAGGGCCAGCAGAACCUCCAGUAAGCUGAAGCAGAGGACCAAAGGCUGGAGGCUGAGUAGCUGAGCUGCUUUGGGCCACCUGGUCUGGUCCCUACAUGAUACAAGGAGACGUGGGUUAGGGGAAGCAGAAGUGGGCCCAGGACACCGUCCCCGCCCAGUGUGAAGACACGAGCUAUUGUGGUUGUAAUUGUUUAUUAAAAAGUA